AUGACAGCCGGUCAUCUGCACAUCCGUGGUGUGCCCAUCAAUUUGACUGAAGUCAUUCCUCGGGCUACAGUCCUAACGGACCUCCCACCGUACCAUUGGACGCAUGAUGAGCGCUUAUGGAGCGAGACUCGGAUGGCGCACGACUGGCGGUUACGCGAAACACGGCAUCAUGAACUGCUGGGGUCGCGAUGCCUCGAAUCCACUGAUCUAGAGCCGGCCUGGAGAAACCUGCUACAGCUAGAUAACAUUCUCUGGCUCCUAGAUCAUAGAAUCACCGGAGAAGUUGUGUUUCCUUGUGCAGCAUAUGCCGCUAUGGCGGGUGAAUCAGUCCGUCAAGUAGUGCUGCACGCAACUCCCAAUAUUGUCGAGUCUCUGAAGAAUGUCAGGCAACUUCUGAUACCCGAGGGACGCUUGUUGCUACAGGAGUUGAGUCACGAUGUGCCUAUAUUUGAUUACAUCAUGGGCGCUCUAUCAAGUUGGUGGCUUGCAAAUGAUGGGCGCGAACGGUCCUACCUUAGCCCUGAGCAAUGGGAUCAUGCCCUGCUGGAAGCAGGCUUUACCGGUACUGAUGUGGUGCGCUUGGAUAACGAGGCCCCCUAUCAUAUUAACGCAAAUAUGCUGUCAAAGCCUCAUCAUCACGGGCAAGUGAGAGGGGAGUACUAA